AAUCAUGAAGCUCUUGUUACUUAUCAUCCUUGCUGCCGCACCUCUGUGUCUUCCAGCUAAACGUCGCUUUGAUAAUGAAAAAGUUUUCAGAGUGACACCACAAAAUGAAGAGGAGGUGAAUCUUCUUAAAUAUUUGGACAAGGUGAUGAAGCUUGAUUUCUGGAAACCUGAAUCAUCCCAUCAUGUGAUCCCUAAAACUGUUGUGGAUUUUCAUGCUAAUAAAGAGGACUCAGAAAUUAUCAUAGGGUACUUUGAUCAGAAAAGGAUUAACUACAGAAUUCUCUUCCAAAACGUACAAGAAGUAGUGGAGAGCCAGUUUAAGAAAAAUGGACAACCCCAGAAGAAUUAUAACAACAUGAAAUUCGAGAAAUACCGUACAUGGCCAGAGAUUGCUACUUGGUGUUACUAUUUAUCUAUAACACGUCCUGAUUUGGUAUCAUGUAUUCCUAUUGGAAAUACGUAUGAAGGACGACCUAUUCUGAUUUUCAAGGUUGGAAGUCCAAAACCUAAAAACAAAGAUAUCUUCCUAGAAUGUGGUGCUCAUGCCCGAGAAUGGAUCUCCCCUGCUUUUUGCCAGUGGUUUGUUAAUGAGGCUAUACAAAGUUAUGGAAAGGACAAAACUAUGACCAAAUUAAUGGACAGUGCCAACUUCCACGUUCUUCCAGUGUUUAAUGUUGAUGGCUAUGUUUGGACUUGGACUUAUGAUCGUAUGUGGAGAAAGAAUCGCUCUCCAAUUCCUAAUGCAAAAUGUGUUGGCACUGACCUCAACAGAAAUUUCAACAUAUCCUGGAAUCAGAUUGACACCAAUGAAACACCAUGUUCUGAAAUUUAUUCUGGAUCUGCAGCUGAAUCUGAAAAUGAGGUUAAAGCUGUUACUUCAUACAUUCGUGAUAAACUCACCUCUUUCAAAGCUUAUAUCAGUUUUCACUCCUGUGGACAGAUGUUAAUGUACCCUUAUGGAUAUACAGAAAAAGAAGCACCAAAUAAUGACAAACUGAAUCAGAUAGCAGUCUCAGCACUGAAGUCUUUAUCCAGUCUGUAUGGUACCAACUAUACUUAUGGACCUAUUGCCACUACAAUUUAUAAAGUGUCUGGGUGCUCAAUUGACUGGAUCUAUGAUGAAGGUGUUAAAUACUCAUUUGUUUUUGAGUUACGUGAUGAAUGUGAAUAUAACUUUUUACUACCAGAAUAUGAAAUAAAGCCUACAUGCAAGGAGACAAUGUUGGCAGUAAAAACAAUUGCCAGCCAUGCUCUUGGCCUGGUUUAAUAAAACUGAUACUUGUUUAUUCAUUUACUCAAAUAAUCUAUCUUUCUCUAAGCUUUAGUUUAUGAUGUCUUGAAACAAGUUUUCAUAACAUGCUUCAUAUUUACGUGAAAUACCCUGUGUUGAAAAGAACAUCACUAUUUGCUAAUUUUGUUUAAAAAAAAAUCAUAUGAAUAUUAUCUGUAUGCUUUAUUUCAAAAUAAACAGUUCAUUAUUAAAAA